GGGGGGCACCCCUGAACCCACUACAGGGAGGGAGGAGGAGUCAAGGAUGGCUCCAGACUUCCUGCUUGAGGAGCUGUGUGGGACAGACAGACAGCAGCGUAAAGACAUCAGGACCACUGAUCCGGGGACACGAGAUCAUGGGUGCGCGGGUGGUGAGACCGGACCUGGUGGCAGCCUCAAGCGCCUCGCCUUAACCUUUUCUUCUUUUUCACGUGAGUGAGGCUGAAAACCUUUCAGUUCGUCCUUACUUGGCGAAAGCUGUUCUGUAAAGCUAAUGCAUAGAUUGUCGGCUCAACUCAGUAAAGGUUGUGAGGACCUUCAUAGUGUGGGGACCCCUGAGGCCUCGCACGGUACCAGGUUCAGCGUCGGGGCUGGGAGGGCCCAGCUGUCCCGGGCUCUCGGCACUGACCAGCUUGGCCACUUCCCAGCUGUGUGGCCUCGGGGAGGUCUCUGAGCUUCUCAGGUUGCUUCCUUUGUACAACAGAGUUGAAAACACUUACGAACAGGGUCAUGGAAAUAAUCAUGUAAUGCUUGAAAGUGCUCGACACAGAACCAGUCUGGGUUUGGUUUUGUUUUUACUUUUAAUGGAGGAGUUCCGCAUCAGGAUUUUACUUUACAUUCACCAAACCCAUCAGCUGGAGAGUGUCCGCGAUUACGCGAUGCUUGGUGAAACAUCCACGUUCCUCUUGAGCGUGAAUUAUUGACAAAUGCUUGUGAUUCUUCCUUUCCUAAGCACUCAGGUGAGAAAAAUCCCACUUCAUUGUAGAUUCUCUUUUAUUAAGGAAAUACUUUAUUUAGGAGCCUGGGAAAAUGGUGCUUGAUGGAUACAUAAUAAGCAGGUGGAUAAGAAAAACAGUAACCUUCCCUCAUAAAAAGAAGGCAAGGAAGUGAAAAAUCCGCAAAAGGAGUGAUGCUAAAGAACUUUGCAUUUAGAGAGAGAGAGAGAUCACUUGUCAGUUCCUUUCUUCAGUUUCCUUCGGUUGCCCAGCUCCGUUGCCGUACCCUUAGAAUGGCUCUUCCUCCAGCACUAAAUCAAUGAGCCAGCACUCCAUACAGCUGUGCCUGCCCUCAACCUCCACGUGACUCUGUACCCCAGCCCCCCUCCUUCCUGUCCCAUAGCCCUUUCCUGGCACGGUUUCCUCGCUGACCCAGCCUGGAUCCCAGAGCCAGGCAUGGUCUCACUCUCCAUUGGAUCUCAGCCUUGACCUAUAGCCCCCCAUCCCCAGCCUUCAGACGUCUCUCUCCUGGUCUCAGGGUUUUCUGGCUCCUCAUUGAUGGCAGAAAUCACGACCGUGCCUUAGCCAUUUCCCCAGCCUCGGCCAAGGCCAGAGAGCUGCUUGCCCAUCUUCUUGUAUAUCCCAGUCUCACAAACUUGUUAAGACCUUGAUCCAGGUCUCAUGUGCAUCACUUACUGGAAGCACCAAACAUCUUCUGCCAACCAUCUGGAUGCCAGAAUGCCAUCUUUCACAAGUCAGCUCCCAGAAUCUGACCUCCCCUGUGAAACCUUCUGCCCUGAUUCAUCAGAGGACAGUGAAUGUCCUUCUGUUAACCAUUAUAGCCUGGACCGAGGCUUCUCCUGGUCACUUCACAUGUUCUCAACCCUCACACGUGCCUAAGGUGCUUGCUCUUACCUCCUACCCUGAGAGUAUGACACGCUUACUUUGCACCUGGUUCACUUUGUUUUCUUUUCUUUUGUCACGAAAUGUAAGGAUUUAUUGCAAGUAGUCCAAAUUGAAGUUUAGUUUCCAAAAUUGCAGGCAUGAGCAGUGUCUCAAUGGAAUACCCACUUUAGUGAAAUUUACUUCAGUGGUCCUCCUUCUGUUGGAUAAUUUGCUUCAAGGUUUUCAGCCUGGUUGCUAAUACAGCAGAAGAGCCUUCGUGCAUGUGAUGUUCUCUGUAUUUAGGGCUCUUUCUUCAGGAUAGAUUCUGACACAUGAAGAAGUUCAACGUUCUGCGCCUCUUGAAAAGUAAUGCAGAAUUGCCAUUCUGGGAGCUUGUGGUGAUUUAAAGUGCUCCUAGCAAUACACAAAGGUGUUUGAUUUCACCACUUCCCCUGGAGGAGUGGAAAGUGAGAUAGAAGAUCAGCUGGAGAUGAGGGGAGAGCCUGGAAGUGCUUAGUGCCCAGUCAAAUACAGCGAACAUCUCACCUUCCCAUCUGUCCUAAAGGUCCAGGUAGAAUCCCAAUCUCAUGUUGACUCAGCAGGUCACCUGUCUCCGGGGUUUAGUCUCAUAGACCAAAGGAGAUGUGAGCACAGAGUUGGCUUCCCUGCCAAGAAGCUGUGCAAACUUCAUCCUCUCAGCAGCGGAUUCCCUGUAAGUCUGACCAAGAGUGUGUCUUGGGAAAGUGAGCUUUGCGUGAAUCAUUUCCACCCUGCUCUUGCUCCAGAGUCGGGAUCAUCCACUUAAUUCCUGGCUGGAAGUAACCAGUGGGUUCUGCUGAGCUGGCCGCAAGUGUGUGCUGGGAUUGUCAGGCUCUUUCCUAAGUCGUAGUGGGGCUUGUUUGUUUCAUGGAGACGGUACAGCCCCUUGCUCAGUGGCCGUUUUGAUUUGUUCUCGGAAUACGAAGCUGUCCCCCAUCAGAAACAUACAUCCUCCCUCUCCAUGGAGGAUCCUUCUUCCGUAUCAGACCAGUUCUCCCAAAGAAAGCUCCUUCCUGGUGGGCAACUCAGCAACGACGUACCAAGAGAGAUGGACGGUUCAGCUGAGCAACAGAACCUUAAGCUUUGUUAGCAGACGCGUGUCUUCAAGUUCUGCCUCUCUCAUUGGCUCGCAGUGUGAGCUCAGCCUGGUGGCUGGAACCCUCUGAGCCUCACUUCCCACAUCUGUAAAAUGGGGACAAAGGCUGUCUCUGCCCCCUAGGGCUUCAGGCAGAGCACUCCGUGUGAUCUCCCCCUCCUCGCCAGGGAAGCUCAAAGAUGAGAUGGACCAAACCCCCGCAGUGCGCUCUGAAUAUCUGCUCUCAGGGAUUCGAACUCCCCCCGUGAGGAGGAACAGCAAACUGGCCACCCUGGGCAGAAUCUUCAAACCCUGGAAAUGGAGGAAAAAGAAAAAUGAAAAAUUGAAGCAGACAACAUCCGCCUUGGAGAAGAAGAUGGCCAGCAGGCAAGGUCGGGAGGACCUCAUCAAGAAGGGGCUCCUGGAGAUGAUGGAGCAGGACGCUGAGAGCAAAGCGUGCAGCCCCGACGGAGAUCCCCGAGUCGUACAGAGUGAACCUUCCACUCCCAAGCAGGAGCCGCUGACCUCGGCGGAAGCCCAGCUGGGGAGCCCUUUGGCCACUGGGACGGACCAGGCUUCCCUGGAUGAGACGCUGUCCUCGGACACCCCUUCAGACGAUGCAGCCAAGAUGUCAUCCGCAUCCAGAGAUGAAGAAGCAGGUGCUGCGGGCAGCCUCCCACCUACCACGGACGAGCCCUCUCAAGCCUUAGCUGGGUCCGACUCCCUGGACAGUCCUCCCAGACCCCUGGAGAGAUCCGUGGGCCAGCUCCCCAGCCCCCCGCUGCUGCCCACCCCACCGCCCAAGGCAGGCUCCAGAACCACGAGGAGUGUCACAGGCCAGGCCACACUCUUCCAAGGCUCUGGCGGGAAGAGUACUGACCCUCCUGUCCGAGGCCAGCUUUCCACGCCCACGGGGUCCCCACAUCUCACCACUGUCCACCGGCCGCUGCCCCCCAGCCGAGUCAUCGAGGAGCUGCACAGGGCGCUGGCCACCAAGCACCGCCAGGACAGUUUCCAAGGCAGGGACAGUAAGGGGUCCCCGAAGAAACGCGUGGACGUCCGGCUGUCGAGGACGUGCAGUGUGGAGCGGGGCAAGGAGCGGGGCGAGGCUUGGAGCUUUGAUGGAGCCUCGGACGGCAAGUGGACCGUGGCUCAGGAGUCCGAGGAGAAUAAGGAGAACCUGAUUAUGAAUUCCGAACUCAAGGAUGACCUGCUUUUGUAUCAAGACGAAGAGGCCCUGAAUGACUCCAUCAUCUCUGGAACACUGCCGAGGAAGUGCAAGAAGGAGCUCCUGGCAGUGAAACUGAGGAACCGGCCCAGCAAGCAGGAACUGGAGGACCGCAAUAUCUUCCCCAGGAGGACGGCCGAAGAGAGGCAGGAGAUCCGGCAGCAGGUUGAGAUGAAGCUCUCCAAACGGCUGAGCCAAAGACCCGCCGUGGAAGAACUGGAGAGAAGAAACAUCUUGAAACAAAGGAAUGAUCAGACAGAGCAGGAAGAAAGAAGAGAAAUCAAGCAGAGAUUGACAAGAAAGCUGAAUCAGAGACCCACGGUUGAUGAACUGAGAGACAGAAAAAUUCUGAUACGAUUCAGUGACUACGUGGAGGUGGCGAAAGCACAGGACUACGACAGGCGGGCAGACAAGCCCUGGACAAGGCUGUCGGCAGCAGAUAAGGCAGCGAUUCGUAAGGAACUGAAUGAGUACAAAAGCAAUGAAAUGGAGGUACAUGCAUCAAGCAAGCACCUGACAAGAUUCCACAGGCCAUAGAGAUUUUCUUCUGAGAAGAAUUGUGUUUAAUUUUUUGAUACCAACACUGAACAUUCAUCAGGGAACUUUCCUGAAGUUCAGCUCACGACUCCCUGCUGUGUUUGUGCGAGGAGCAGGACCCGCACAGGUGAAAUCUUGGCCACACUCACCUGUAAGAGGACCAGCAGAGGGCACUCUUCACUCUCUGGUGUCUGAGGAGUGUGAACUGCUGGGGUCAGUAAAGACCCCAAGUAACUCGACCAGAAGAAAACUGUUGUUUGCCUUUCCGCCUUGUUUUGCAGUUCUGCGGUGUGACCAGGGACGGCCGCGUGCGUGUGCAGGGUCGCCGCGCCGAGGCUCCGACCGAGGGACGUGUACGCAGUGUCUUCAGUACCGUGUGGAAAAGACGUUUUUAUUCUGAUCACAGUUAAUUUGAAAACUCUUUAAGUUCGUGUCAUACAAAAUGACUUACUGUGUUAUUCUUUUUUUAUAUAAUGUCUAACAAAAAAUGCAGCUGCAACAUUUUCAUUCCUGUUAAUUUUGUUCUUUAAUUAAAUGACUACUCAUUGCAGGAAAUUAA